AUGUCAUCACCGGACAACGACCCUGGGCACGACCCUGAAUAUCAACGAAUCCUUGCGACUGAACAAGAGGCUCAAGACAGACGCAUUGCAUGGCACGUGCAAAGAGGUACACCUCUGCCUCUUGCCCUCGCGCCACGCGCGCAACAGUUUCAACAACUACAGCAACUACUGCAACCCUACCUGACGGCGCCGCCCACGCCCAACCUCCCCACCCAGGGCUAUACCCAAUCCUCUGGGACCUUACAAACGCCCUCUGCUCGACCUGUGCAAGACCCACCUGCCAGUAUAUUUGGCAAAACUGCUUACCAAGCCGAACUUGAUCAACGCGAUAUGCAGCACGCCGGAAGACCACAGACGGCACCCGCUCAACCUGCGCAGCCUAAUGUUCAGAUUGGCCCUCCUCCACCUUGGAUGUUCGCCCCCCCUCGUACGGUCGCUCAACCUGCCGCUAAAAAUCCGCAAGACUUGUACAACGAGCUCUUCGGAAUACCUACCACGGUCACCCAGCCGGCACAGCGCAAUGUCCAGACGGGCCCCAUUCAACCUGCGCAGGGCCAAUUGAUCAAUCUAUUCAACCCUCAUGCGGUCACCCCACCUGCCCAGAACACUAUCCAGACAGGCAUCAAGCCGGCCGCGGAAGUCCAGACUGCGCAGGGCCAACCCAUCGGCUCAUUAAACCCUCCUGCGGUCACCCCACCUGCCCAGAGCAAUCUCCAGGCACACAUCAACGCGGAAUCACCCGCCGUAGAGGUCCAGCAACCUCCUUCCUCAAAUGGUUGACUUGCAAUCUUCUAACUGAACCCAUCAUCUUUGUGGGUAAUUAGUCCUUCACUUUCUUUUGUUUUGCACUGCUUUCAAUGUCCGGACCAACGAAGUCUGGGUAAUUAACCAUCAGCCUGCUUUGAUUAACGGCAAAGUUUUGAAAUCCGGACCCACAAUGAGGUUACGGUAUACCGAAUUUUGGUUUUGUAUAUUUUAGAUACCCAGUCUGGCGCUCUUUUCCCACAGGGUUUUUAACGAGG